AUGCAGCUGGCGGCGGGAGUGCGGGAGCGCGUCGCGGCGGUGCACGGCGGUGCGGAGCUGCCGGAGCUGUUGCGGCUGUACGACGGCUGGGCCGGGCGCUACGAGCAGGAUGUGGCCUCGCUGGAGUACCGUGCGCCGUACCUGGCCGCCGCCUCGCUCGCCUUCGCCUUCCCCUCGCCGCCUGCCGAGGCGCGGGUGCUGGACGUGGCGUGCGGCACUGGGCUCGUAGCUCGGGAGCUGCACCGCCGCGGGUUCCGCCGCCUGCACGGCGUGGACGGCAGCGCCGGGAUGCUGGAGCUGGCACGGGGCACCGGGCUUUACCGGCAGCUGCAGCGCUGCGAGCUGGGCCGGGAGCCGCUGCCCGCGCCCGCAGAGCGCUACGACGCCGUGACGCUGGUGGGAGCUCUGGGCGAGGGGCAGGUGCCGAGCUCGGCGCUGCCGGAGCUGCUGCGCGUCACCAGGGCAGGGGGCUUCCUGUGCCUGACCACCCGCAGCAACCCGUCGAACCGGCGGUACCGGGCGGAGCUGGAGGCCGUGCUGCAGCAGCUGGAGCAGAAGGGCGCGUGGCAGCGUGUGCUGGUGCAAGAGGUGCCGCGCUGGGAAAGGGCCACCUCCGAGGAGGAGGAGAACGUCCGGGGCAGCGGUUACAUCUCCGGCGUGAUCUACAUCUACCGCAAGUGCCCCGUCCCGCCCCCCGAGGAGGGCUGAGACACCCUGAAGGGGCCCGGCGCUGUGCCUGGUGCUGUGCCGCCCCGCGGGUGUCCCCCGUCCGAUGGCCGUACCACCCCCUCCUGGCACCAGGCUCAAACACCAGGGCUCCUUCUCAGCACCCGGUUCUGGUCCGUGCUGUGACACCACCGCAGAGCCACCCCUGUGUCUUCGCGGUGCCCACCUCCCUCACGGCCACGGUCACCCCCUGGAUCCUGCCCCAUCACCCCUGUUCCAGACCCCAGCUCCGUGCCUGGGGGGGUUGUUCUGCGUCCUGCAGUGACCCCCACACCCUGCACACCGAGGUGACAGAGACUGACCACAUCAGGAGCAGUGUGACAGCACGACGCCCGCCCAGAAAAGUUUCCAAGCACCGUCAACCUUUCAUCCUGCCUGCUUAAGCCCUCAUUUUCCUAUGGCUUUGUAGCUAAUGGGCUGGGUGGGAAAUGAACCUGGAAGAGGCUUCAGGGUGGCUGUUCCCCACCCCGGAGCCGCCCGGCAUCUCCUGCCCAUCCUGUUCCCCGUGCCCCUCGCGUGGUGCCUCCACCCCUUCCUCCUCCACUGCUUCCUUGGGAAGUUUUUUACCCAAAUCUCCCACUAGGAUCUUUUUGUUUUCCUUCCCGCAGACCUGCUGCUGCUUGUCGCAUUCCCAUGGAUGUAAGGAGCAUUCAUCCAUGUGAUUUCCUUCACAUGGAAACUCACCCCAUCGGAGCAGUGGCUCCGCACCCGCCUCGGUGCCACCACUGCAGGAGCUGAGCCCACAGCUUUGGGGCAUCCAAGCACCCCAGGCUGAUUGUGCUGAAAGCAUUUUGUCUCCAGCACACGUCAUCCCCCCUGGCUGGGCUCUGGUGUGCAUUGUCUCCCCAUGUCCUGGUGCUGUGGUGCCAGCCCCUGCCUCCCCUCGGUGAUACAGGCACGGUCCCUUUGUCCCCAGCACUGCCCCUAAGCUGAGUGGCUGGGGGUUGUGGCUGUCCCUGUCCCGUGCUUGGCUAAUGAAUAAACCCUAUGUGCACUGCA